AUGGUCACACUUAAUCAGUAUGCUCAAUCUGCUUUUCUCCUGAUGGUUCCAUAUUAGCAUCUGGUAGUUAUGAUAAGUCUAUACGAUUCUGGGAUGUAAAAGCAGUAAAUCCAAAAUUUUCAAUUAAUAAAAAUAGUGAUAGAGUUUGGCAAGUGUGUUUUUCUCCUGAUGGUUCUACUUUAGCAUCUGUCUGCGAUGACAAUUAUAUAUAUUAAUGGGAUGUUAAUACAGGAAACCUAAAAUCUUUAUUAAAAGGCCAUAAUAACUUUUUUAAUACUAUAUGUUUUUCUCCUGAUGGGAUAAUGUUAGCUGUAGUUAGUGAUAAUUCUUUCAUCUUUAUAAUGGAGGCAAAAACAGGAAAAUGCUUAUUGAAAUUUGAAGGUCAUGAUGGAAAUAUAAAUUCUAUUUGCUUCUCUCCUGAUAGCACAUAAUUAGCAUCAGGUAGUUAUGAUAAAUCUAUCCUUUUAUGGGACGUUAAAACUGGGCAACGAAAAACUUAAUUAAAUGGCCAUUUUUAUUGUGUUAAUUCAGUUUGCUUUUCUCCUGAUGGAUCUUAAUUAGCAUCUGGUAGUUGGGAUAAUUCUAUAUGCAUCUGGGAUGUUAAAACCAGCCAGCAAAAUGCUUAAUUAAAUGGUCAUAGUGAUUGCGUGUUUUCGGUAUGCUAUUCACCAAAUGGUACUUUACUAGCAUCUGGUAGUUAUGAUAAGUUAGUAAUUCUUUGGGAUGUUAAAACAACCGUUUAAAAAUCAAAAUUUGAAGGUCACACUCAAGCUGUGAAUUAAGUCUGCUUUUCUUCAGAUUCUUCUAAAUUGGCAUCUGGUAGUAAGGAUAUGUCAAUUUGCUUAUGGGAUGUUAAAACAAGACAACUAAAAUCAUAGUUAUUUGGUCAUAGUUCCAGCGUUAGGUCAGUAUCCUUUUCGCCCGAUUGUAAUAUAUUGGCAUCUGGUAGUGAUGAUGGGUCUAUAUUUUUAUGGGAUAUUGACACCAUUAUUUGA